UCUUGAGUUUUCAGAUGCAGAUACCGUGCCUUUAAGUACAACUGACAGCAGGGCUGAUUUCAAAGGGAGACACUGUGACUUCUCUCGAGAAUGGUUCUCUGUUCACUGGUGUGCAGUUAAUUUUUGGACUUUUUUCCCCCCAAUUGUUUGGGUAAUAGAUAAGCCAAGACUUUGACCUCUGCCUGUUUAGAAUUAUUCUUCAGGAUCGGUCAGAGUCAGCUGUGUGCUAAAAGCAUUUGAAACGCGGAAGCUAGCGGAACGCUAACUGUGGAACCAUGAGCUGCCCCUGUGUCACCCUCUCCACUGGGCAGAAGAUGCCCCUGGUGGGGCUGGGGACCUGGAAAAGUGCCCCGGGACAGGUGAAGCAGGCGGUGCUGAGUGCACUUGACUGCGGCUACAGACACAUUGACUGUGCAGCUGCAUACGGCAACGAACAGGAAGUGGGCGAAGCCUUGACAGAGAGGGUGGGGCCUGGCAAGGUACUCAGAAGAGAGGACGUAUUUGUGACGUCCAAACUGUGGAACACUCAGCAUCACCCUGACGACGUAGAGUCGGCCUGCAGGUUGAGUCUCGCUCACCUGGGUCUGGAUUACCUGGAUCUAUAUCUCAUGCACUGGCCAAUGGCCUUCCAGAGGGGGACUGAGGUAAUGCCUCGAAACGCCGAUGGCUCGAUCCGAUAUGCAGACACACACUACCGCGAUACCUGGAAGGCCAUGGAGGCUCUGGUGGACCUGGGGCUGGUGAAGGCCAUCGGCCUGUCCAACUUCAACGCUCGGCAGAUCGACGAUGUUCUCAGCAUGGCUAAUCACAAGCCAGUGGUGAACCAGGUGGAGUGUCACCCGUACCUGAUCCAGGCCCAGCUCUUGGCUCACUGUGGGGAGCGGGGGGUGCUGGUGACGGCCUACAGCCCCCUGGGCUCCCCUGACCGGCCCUGGGCCACCCCCGGUGAGCCCCUCCUGCUGGAGGACCCGCAAGUGCUCGACAUCGCCAGCCGAAAUGGGAAGAGCCCCGCUCAGGUCAUCAUCAGGUGGCAGGUACAAAGAGGAGUGAUCUGCAUCCCAAAGAGUAUCACUCCUUCUAGAAUCCAACAGAACAUUCAGGUAUUUGAUUUCAAGCUGUCAGACGAAGAUAUGAAGCAGAUUGAAUCGUUUAACAAAAACGAGAGGCUUAUAAUUCCCACUAUAGAAAGAGAUGGACAGAAGGUGUGGAGAGAUGCAGUCCAUCCUCACUUCCCCUUUCAUGACCCAUGCUGACACACUAAUAACCAACUCUGUCACUCAUCAUGGACAGCAAGAGCACACUCUGUCAAACGGCACAUGUGAAGGGGGAUUGGCACUACUGUGAAACCAGACAACUGUACCUAUUAAACACUUUCUUCUUGAAA